UGUUGGCGGAAGUGGUCGUGUUUCCUCAGCUCAGUGCUGUCAUUUAGCGACAUGAAGUAGUUUAUAAAUUUUAUUCCCUACAUUUUUUGAGACCUUUGAGCACUGUAGGGCGAGAAGGGGAAAUAGGAUGAAUCUUCCGAAGGGGCCCGACUCGCUGUGUUUCGACAAAGACGUGUUCAUGAAGGAUGACUUCGAUGUGGACCAUUUUGUGGCCGAGUGUCGAAAGCGCGUGCAGCUGGAGGAGCUCCGGGAGGACCUGGAGCUCUACUACAAGCUCCUCAAGACAGCUAUGGUGGAGCUCAUCAACAAGGACUAUGCCGACUUUGUCAAUCUUUCCACCAACUUGGUUGGGAUGGACAAAGCCCUCAAUCAACUCUCUGUUCCCCUUGGCCAGUUGCGAGAAGAAGUGCUGAGUCUCAGAUCAUCUGUAAAUGAAGUCAUUCAAGCCAUAGAUGAUCGCUUAUCCAAACAAGAUGAUAUUCAACGGAAGAAGAUGUGUGUUUUGAGACUUAUCCAAGUGGUUCGAUCAGUGGAGAAGAUUGAAAAAAUUCUUCACUCCCAAAGCUCCAAGGACACAGCAUCUCUAGAAAUGAAUAGUCCUCUCCUGACCGGGCAGAUUCUGGAGCGGAUAGCCACAGAGUUCAAUCAACUACAGUUCCAUGCCGUCCAGAGUAAAGGCAUGCCGCUGCUGGACAAAGUGCGGCCUCGGAUCGCUGGUAUUACAGCCAUGCUGCAGCAGUCCCUGGAGGGCCUACUCAUCGAGGGCCUGCAGACCUCCAAUGUGGACAUGAUACGCCACUGCCUGCGCACCUACGCCACCAUCGAUAAGACCCGGGAUGCAGAGGCCCUUGUGGGUCAAGUCCUUGUGAAGCCCUACAUGGAUGAGGUCAUUGUUGAACAGUAUGUGAAGUCCAGUCCCAGCGGCCUGCAGAACAUGUAUGGAAAGCUGUUGGAGUUUGUACCCCACCACUGUCGCUUGCUCAGGGAGGUGACGGGUGGUGCCAUCUCCAGCGAUAAAGCAGACAUUGUUCCUGGCUAUGAUUUCUUGGUGAACUCGGUCUGGCCAGAAAUCGUUAAAGGCCUGGAAGAGAGGAUAUCCUCCCUCUUCAACCCUGGGAACCCUGAUGCCUUUUAUGAGAAAUACGCCAUCACUAUGGACUUUGUGCGGAAGUUUGAGCGGCAGUGCGGCUCUCAGGCCAGCGUGAGGCGCCUCCGAGCACAUGCGUCUUACCAGAGCUUCCACAACAAGUGGAACCUUCCGGUUUACUUCCAGCUCCGAUACAAGGAGAUUGCUGGGAGUUUGGAGAAUGCAAUUUCGGAUGGCUUGGAGGAAGCACCAGCUGGGAGUCCAUUCCUGCUGCGUGUCUCCAACACACUUUGGGGUGGCCUUCUCCAGUGCUGGGCCCAGGGGGUGUAUAUGCCGCCGCUGGCACAUCGCUUCUGGAAAUUAACGUUACAACUGCUCUCACGCUAUGCCACCUUCCUGACUGAGGUGCUGAACAAAGUUCCCCCCUCUGACGUCAGCAAGGACCCCGUGAAGCCCCUCCCCAGCUCAGCCUCUUCCACCUCUAGCCGGACCUCCCAGGAGGACACAGGCAGCGAAACUGGUGGCCCGACAGCACUCUCCACCAAGCACAUGGUCUUCAUCAUGGCCGACCUGGACAGGCUACAAGAAAAGAUUCCUGAACUUUCAGACAUGAUCAGACAGAAGCUGGAGCUCAUUGGGUUUAGCAACUUUACCAUUGUCUCAGAAUCCUUGGCGGACUCAAAAACCUCCUUGUCUGGCUGCGCCCCCAUGCUUAACCGCAGGGUGACACACCACCUGGGAGAGAGGUGCUUUAGCUACCUGAAGAGUGCCUCUGAGGUCCCACGCCUGUAUCGGCGCACCAACAAGGAAGUGCCGACCAAGGCUUCAGCCUACAUGGACAACGCGCUGCGGCCGCUACUACAGCUGCGCAGUGACUAUACAGAUGUACUGAAGGCCUCCAUCUUGCAGGAAUGGCUGCGCAUCACGCUGUGUGACUGCACACAAAGAUAUUACGAGACCAUAUCUGAUGUCCUGAGUUCAGUCAAGAAGAUGGAGGAGAGCCUGAAGAGGCUGAAACAGGCCAGAAAAACUGCAGUGUCCAACUCGACGGGUGCUAGUAGCGGCCCCUCAGAUGACAGCAAGAUCCGACUUCAGCUGGCGCUAGAUGUCGAGUACCUGGGAGAACAGAUCCAGAAUAUGGGCCUACAGACCAGCGACAUCACCCUGUUCUCAUCUCUCUUGGAACUGGUUCAAGGGGCCCGUGACAUAGUUCCGUCCGAGCUGCCGGCACCCUGACCUUCUAGCCGUGGACUAUGUAAGAGGUGAACCCGCUAUGGAAACACACAGCUCAAAGGAGUGGAUGCUUCAGUCUCGGAUCUUAAGGUGGACCCUCCUGAGAAGACCUUAUUUAUGUGCAGACUGCAUUGUCCAGGAAGUGGGAGAUAUGUGCAAGGGGAUCUGGAUUUGGUCACAUAUUUAUAUACUGAUGGUUUUUUUUUUUUUAAUUUUUAUUUUUUUAACCCAAAGAAUAGGUGAAACCGCAAAUGAGGACCCCACGGAUCAUUGCGCUGGCAUUGUAGGACUGGGAGCCGCAUGGCAUUAUGGUGUGGGUUUGCUUUCUGCAUCGCAGGCUGUUGUCUGUUACUUGGCUGCAGAUGAUCAGCACUGUUUAGCAAUAUGAGUAUGAUUUAUAGAUUUAAAAAAAAACAUUGAAUUACAGUUUUUUAUUUUGAAGAAUGUUUAUUAGGGAGCUCUGUAUACACUUAUCUAUUGAAGGAUUAAGAUGGAAAUUUACAACGCAAACAAAUUUUGGGAGAACUUGUAAUUGUCUUGUUAGUAAAAGAUUUAACUAUUUCUGAAUUUUGCUGGUGGUUAUGCUUCUGGAUUUGUGAUCCUAUUCAUUACUGAUAACAAAACGUAUGUUCAAACCCUAAAUUUGUUUAAGGUACAAUUGAGGGAUUGAUCCAAAAAUCAAUAAUCUUGUCUGAUUUUUGGACACUGAAUGAAACUGAAGCUGAAAUGACCUGUCUCAGAUACAAAUAGAAAUAAUCUGUUAAACCAUUAAGGGAAGAUUGAAAAUGCCUCCAUGCUAAAAACGGUGCCGCACUAUAAAUGGAUUAAGUGGGGAGUUUGCCAGCAGGAGUCUGCAUUUUAUGAUCCUAAUGAAAAUGAAUAAUGUAGGUACUCCCAAAUUGCUGAUGAGGCAAAGAUUUAAAAAAAAAAAAAAAAAGUUGUCCCUUUAGCUCAAGGGCACUUAGGAAAGUGUUGUAUGAAUGAGCGAAAAGCAUUGAACUGAAGAGACGUGACACUGAGGUUUAUACAUAAAGUAUACAGGUAAAUCUACAUUAUGUCUAUGUACUGUUACAUUAAUUUUAUUUAUCAUGCAUAUGUCUUAUUCCCCAAGUAGUUACAGUUUUCGGAAUCUGAAACGAUUCCCUUAUUUUUAAUUGGGGAUCAACCGAGGAAGGAAAAAUGAGGUGAGCACUAUCACCAUUUAUUUACGUUUCUUAAAUAAUGCAACUGAAACUUUUUUGUAAGAGCACAAUUAAGGACAAAUUAACCAUCUUUAAUCUUAAAAAAUGAAUUUGGAAUCCUUUAGGUCUGUCAAGUAACGGACUGUUUUUAUUGCAACAGAAAUAAACCACCCAGUGAAUUAUGUGACUCAAUAAUAAUCCAAGAUCACCGACUUGUGUUAGAAGUUUUCAUACAUGCUAUAUGGAAGAUAACUCUCCUCUUGGUCAGUGAUGUUGCCACAGAAUCAUUUUACAUUUGCAUUUAUCUGACUCUUUUCUCCAAAGCCACUCACAGUGUUAAGGUUACAAU